CGGGACUUCCGGCGGGUGACGCGCCUGGGCUCGGCUACAAAAGACGACGGCUGCGGCGCGCCGGGCGGAACUUUCCAGAACGCUCGGUGAGAGGUGGAGGGGCGGCGGUUGCUCGAGCUGCGCACAGCAACACGCUCCUUCCCGUCACCCCGACCCCAGCCCCAGCUUGCUUACCGGUUGUAGAAAAUGGUGAAAGAAACCACUUAUUAUGAUGUUUUGGGGGUCAAACCCAAUGCCACCCAGGAAGAAUUGAAAAAGGCUUACAGGAAACUGGCUUUGAAGUACCACCCUGAUAAGAAUCCAAAUGAAGGAGAGAAGUUUAAACAGAUUUCUCAAGCUUACGAAGUGCUGUCUGAUGCAAAGAAAAGAGAAUUAUAUGACAAAGGAGGAGAACAGGCAAUUAAAGAAGGUGGAGCAGGUGGUGGUUUUGGCUCCCCCAUGGACAUCUUUGAUAUGUUUUUUGGAGGAGGAGGAAGGAUGCAGAGAGAAAGGCGAGGUAAAAACGUUGUGCAUCAACUCUCAGUAACCUUAGAAGACUUAUAUAAUGGUGCAACAAGAAAACUAGCUCUGCAGAAGAAUGUGAUUUGUGACAAAUGUGAAGGCCGAGGUGGUAAGAAAGGAGCAGUAGAAUGCUGUCCCAAUUGUCGAGGCACUGGAAUGCAAAUAAGAAUUCAUCAGAUAGGACCUGGAAUGGUUCAGCAAAUUCAGUCUGUGUGCAUGGAGUGCCAGGGCCAUGGGGAACGGAUCAGUCCUAAAGAUAGAUGUAAAAGCUGCAAUGGAAGGAAGAUAGUUCGAGAGAAGAAGAUUCUAGAAGUUCAUAUUGACAAAGGCAUGAAAGAUGGCCAGAAGAUAACAUUCCAUGGUGAAGGAGACCAAGAACCAGGACUGGAGCCUGGGGAUAUUAUCAUUGUUUUAGAUCAGAAGGACCAUGCUGUUUUUACUCGACGAGGAGAAGACCUUUUCAUGUGUAUGGACAUACAGCUGGUUGAAGCAUUGUGUGGCUUCCAAAAGCCAAUAUCUACUCUUGACAACCGAACCAUAGUCAUCACCUCUCAUCCAGGUCAGAUUGUCAAGCAUGGAGAUAUUAAGUGUGUGCUAAAUGAAGGCAUGCCAAUUUAUCGUAGACCAUAUGAGAAGGGUCGCCUAAUCAUCGAAUUUAAGGUAAACUUUCCUGAGAAUGGCUUUCUUUCACCGGAUAAACUCUCUUUGUUGGAAAAACUCCUCCCUGAGAGGAAGGAAGUAGAAGAGACUGAUGAAAUGGACCAGGUAGAACUGGUGGACUUUGAUCCAAAUCAGGAAAGACGGCGCCAUUACAAUGGAGAAGCUUAUGAGGAUGAUGAUCAUCAUCCUAGGGGUGGUGUUCAGUGUCAGACCUCGUAAUGGGGCCAGUGAAUAUAACACUCACUGCUGGCAUUUUAUAUGCAGUAGUGAAUGAGUGAAGGACUAUAACCAUAACUCUCUACUUGAUAUUGUUUUGUUUUAAUAUUCAACUAUAGUAGUGUUUUAUUAAAAGUUAAAUGAAGAAUGAACUCAAAAAGCUGACUUUGCCCUGUAUGUAUGAUGACUUAAGUAUGUAAGAUAACUUUAAUACCUGUAAAAAACUACUACUUUAGAAAAAUCUCCCCUAGUAUUUGUUAGGUUGUAUCUUGUAAUUGAUUUCAGCUGUGUACAAGAAAUUUCUUAGAAUGAAAAUGCUAGGUGUGUGUACUGAUUUAUUAGUGUAUGAAUUGUUAAGCUUUGAAAGUUAAAACUGUAUUUAACUGGCAAUCAAAUAACUGAAUUUGUAGAGAAGUGUUGGUCUGUUAUAGUUACAUUGAGAUUUCAUUGUGAUGCUUCUGCAUUCUGUUGCCUCAGCUGUUAAAAGAUGGCAUGCUAUAUAAUUUAGCCUGUGGUGUCAGUGAUAGGAAUGAUACCUUUCUAAAGAAGGAGUUUAUCAUAAUAGGCUGCUUCUUGAGGGCUUGCACUUGUAGAAUUGCAUUCCCUUUUGCGCCAUCUUUUUUUUUCUUUAAAUACAUUUAAUUAUACCAGUCCUGGUUACAUAUUUUUUUCUUUGGACCACAGUAAGCCUCAAGUAGUGACUUCUGGAGCAGAGUACCAUAAAAGUCAGUGAUGAGACAUUUACAUGGGGAAGUAACUUGCAUGUAUGAGAUCAGAAGGUAUUCUUUAGGUAUGUUCCAGGCUUCCUUUAAACCAUUUAACUUAAGCUCCAAAGUAACUGUAAUGUUGGUAGUAUAGCAGAUUACAAUGAAUAGCUUUAAUUGUAUGUGUUCAAAAGUCAUGUUCACAAGCUUAAAUCCUGGGUAUCAGGAUUUAAGCAAUUCUUGAAAUGUAUGAAUGUCUCCUUAAUACACUGAUUACAAAGCA